AUGGACCAAUGCGGCUCCACGCUGGGAAAACAGCAGUUUGGUGCGUGCACAUACGAAUGUAUUAGAAUGCUCAUUGAUCACGAGAAGAAAAUAACUACUUCGAGACCCAAACGGUAUGACCCCUACGGGGGGAGGCGCCGUCUUUUUGGGCGCGUAAAGCCAUUUGUACUGCCCUUCUCACUGGGAAUUCAUCAGCGGCGCCUGUUCCCACGCACCACCUGCUGGCAACACUUCCCCCGUGCCCUUGAGCAACAACGUGCCCUAUCCAUACAUGGAGGCACCCGCCACCAAUGCAGAGAAAGCUGA